GACAUACGUACGUCAAAGGUCAAAAUGUCAAAAUAAUAUUUGUACAACUACAAACGAACAUAGUUAAUAAACACAGUUAUUAAAAUUAAAUCCACAUUUCUCUCUCAAAUUUUAUGAAUUUUACAAAUAUUUUCUAUUAGGAAAUAAGGAUUUAUUAACAUAUAAAAAUGUAUUAUUAAUGUCAAAUGGAGGGCACACAAGAAAUUUUAGAUUUAGCAAAUAAGAAAUUGAAGAAGUUAAAUAAGCCUACUGCUACAGAGUCACAAGUCACAACCCUUAUUCUAGAUGAUAAUGAAUUACAACGGUUAGAUAAUAUAGAUUCAUUUACUAAAUUACAGAAGCUUUCUGCUACCCGUAAUCAACUAUUGCGAAUGUAUGGUGUUUGUCGCCUUCAUUUUCUUCAUACUCUAAACUUAUCUUAUAAUGGUAUACUUACUAUUGAGGGGCUAAAGGAGCUUACAAGCUUAACAAGGUUGUGUUUAGCUGGGAACAGUAUUAAGACCAUCGAACAUCUUCAAACAAAUGUUAAUUUAGAAUAUUUGGAUUUAUCAGAAAAUAGUAUAACACAUAUAACAGAUUUAUCUUUUUUAAAAAAUCUUAAGGAAUUGUUUUUACAUAAAAAUAAGAUUAAUCACUUAAGUCAGUGUGAUAGGUUUUUACCAACAAGCUUAACAGUACUAACACUUGCUAAUAACAAUAUACAAGACCUAAAUGAAGUGUCUAGGCUUGUCAAUUUGGUGAAUUUGACUAAAAUAUCCAUGGUUAACAAUCCGUGUGUAAAUAUGACAGGCAAUAACGUAGGUUUUGAUUACCGUCCUUUUAUUGUAAACUGGUGUUUAAAUGUCAACGUCAUCGAUGAUUAUGUUGUUGACGCUAUUGAAAGUUUAAGAGCGGAAUGGUUAUAUUCUCAAGGUAGAGGAAGACAUUAUAGAGUGGGCGAUCAAAAAGAACUUGUUCAGUACCUUGCGACUGUUUGUCCUCUUACUGGAGAAACAUUGGAAACUGAAGAAGAUAGGAAAUUACGACUUAUAUUAAGUAAAGCACAGCAUCAUCAACAACAACUAAGAGAGCAAUCAUCAAAUAAUGUUACACCAAAUCCAAGUCCUAUGACGAGAAAGAAAUUAAUGGGGGCAAACAGGCAAUCUCCAAGAUUUUCAGGUGGUUCAAAAGGAACUAACAAUAGAAGUAAAUCACCUGACAGAAUGACGUCCAGUUGUUACAGCCCUUUUAAUGAUUCCAAUAAUUCGAAUAUAAUGACUCAAAGUUUAGAUCCAUUGCUGUUACGAAUGAGCGUAGUAUCACGACCAGUAUCGAACGAUUCAAACAGUAUUAUAGCUGAAAAGUGUUUAGAUUCGGAACCAAUCAAUAGUCCACUGCAGGCUCUGUCGAAAAAUGUACCGGUUCCCGAAUCGUUGAUGAGUCCCGAUUAUCAUCCGUCAUCGUUAAUGGGUACGAAGAACGCUCAAAAUAUAUCUCUGCAACCCAAUAACGUAGCCAGAGUUCAUUCAGCUCAAACUACGCAUACUUCUAAAUCACCUAAAUUUAAUAGGGCUAUUCCGAACAGAGCCAGAACAGACAAUUUGAGAAAAGUUGGUUCUCCUUCUCCAGUAAGGCAAAGUAGGAUGAACACAAAGACACCUACAUCGAAUAAGACAGAGUCCAAUAAGAAAGCAUCAAUCCUUGUGAACAGAUCGGCCAGUAGUGACGAGGAAUCAGAAAUUUGCGAUUCUAAGUUACAGACAAUUCAAAUGAAAGCAGAAGAACGGAGGUUGCAGAAGGAAGAAGUAAAUAGUAAUUGCAGUAGUGAAGAUAAGGUGGAACAAGCUGCUGUGUGUAUUCAGAGGAUAUGGAGAGGAUAUUACACUAGAAACAAAAAUAAGGAAGUUCAAGAAAUGUUUAAGGAAUUGCAGAAUCAGAGGGCUAAUCAGUAUAUUCAAAAACUUGCUACUGAUAUGGAAACUACCAAAGCUGCGUUGGAAAGUGAACGUAAAAUCCAAAUGUUACAGACAGAAGCUAUUAGUGCUUUGUGGAAGAAAAUAUCGAACUUGCAACCUACAGCAGAUGGCGAGGGAACAUCUAACGUAAAUCUCAACAUGACAAAUUUAUCAUUAAAUAAUUCAGAGGUGGUGAAAGAAUUAGCACAAACAUGUACGAUGUUACAAUCGCAGAUUCAACAGUUACAGACAUCAAUGCAAGAUAUCGUAAAAGUUAUGACAGCUUUUAGUCAGACUGCAGGUAUAAAUCAACAGCUAAAAGAUGGUAUUGCUACUCAAACGGAAAUCAUUGCUGUUCAUACACCACAGGGCGAUGCAGCUAAGUCGUUUCCUUUUCAAAAACAUUCCAAUCAGUCCAGACCUUCUUCUCUGCCACUUCCGGUUCAUCAAAGAAAAAAAGAAGUACAUCAAAAUAAUGGUAAUAGCAAUAACUCUUCGGGAGUUCCAUCAGAAUUAACGCAAUAUGCAAGAACUCUUGUAGAUGGCGUUAUAAGAACCGUUUCGGAAAGUAAUGCUGAUAGUCUGGGUUCUAAUACAGAAAUUACAGUUACCGAUACUGAAAAAAUCGGCGAUUACAUAGACGAUAAUCGUGAAGAAGAUAUUUAAUGUAAGGAAAUUGAACAUAUAGUGAGCUUGAAAUAAAGAUUGCGAACAGAU